UUCAGAAAAUUAAAAAACCUAAAAAUAAUGAGGAAAAAGAUGAGGAAAAUAUUAAAUUAAAAAGCAAAAAACAAAAAAUGAUUAAAGUAAGUGAAAUUAAAGAAGCAAAUUCUGCCAAUAAAAAUUCAAAACAAAUUGGUCAAGAUUCAAAAUCCUCUUCCUCAGCUAUAAAUGAACAUCCGAGUAAUUUUUUCAAUUAUUAA